AGUAGUAGUCCAAAAAUUAAUGAGGAAUCAAAUGCUAAAUAUAGCCAAAUCGCAUGAAUCAAACUGAAACCACAUUGUAACAAAUCCAAAUCAUUCAAUUACGGUUUUUCCUCCCCACCUCCCAUUCUAAUUAAGUAUGAAAAAGAAGAAGAAAAAAACUUCAGAACAAAAGAGCAAAAUACAAAAAAAAAAAUAAUUAGAAAUUUCAUUUCAUCUCUUCCUUCUAGAUAGCCUGGUUUGGUUCUUCCAACCCAGGUAAUUCUUUAGUUUGCUUGAACCUCCAUGAAAAGUUAAAAUGGAUUAAAACAACACACCGCCAUCACAGCACAAAAGAACAGACCAACAAGCUAUCAUAUUUUUUCGGGCUACAGGAAAAUCUUUCUUGUCUUGCAAGCUAUAACAAAUUGUGACCAAGCUCUUUUUCCUGUAUGCCCCCAACGCGUUUCUUUUCUCUUCAAACAUGCAUAAGCACAUAAGUCUCUUGUUUUCUCUCGUGUGUUUCUCUAUUUUUCUGCAUGGCAUUCACGGUGCCUUGAUAGAGCAACCAGGGUCAUUGAUAUUGGGUUGUGGGUUGGAUGAAGGUGGAGCCAAAGAUGAUGAUGGAAGGCAAUGGAGCCCUGAUAAUAAGUUUUUGGCAACAGAAGGCGGUUCAAACACGUCGAAAGCGACAUACCAAGACCCUUCCCUCACGUCUGUGGUUCCAUACAUGACAGCUAGAAUUUUUACAUCAGAAACAGCAUACAAAUUUCAAGUCCAACCUGACAAACGUUAUUGGCUCAGGCUCCAUUUUUACCCAUCUCUUUAUGGUAGUUUUGACCCCUCCAAUUCAUAUUUCUCUGUUGAUGUAAAUGGAAUUACCCUCCUCAGCAAUUUCAGCGCUUUCAUCACUUGUCAGGCCCUCUCGCAAGCUUACAUUGACAGAGAGUAUUCCCUUGCUCCUUUGAAUUCAGAUACAUUGACUCUUACAUUUAAACCUUCUGACAAGCAAAAUGGGGCUUUUGCUUUCGUCAAUGGCAUUCAGCUUAUUGAAAUGCCCGAGUUGUUUGACUCUGCUGCUUUGGUAGGGUAUGCAGACCAAACCGUGGACGUCAAAACCUUGAGUUUGCAAACCAUGUUCAGACUAAACAUCGGCGGACAAUAUAUUUCUCCAGCCCAAGAUUCUGGCCUUUCGAGGACGUGGUACGAUGACACACCUUACCUAUAUGGUUCAGCCACUGGUGUCACCAACCAAGCUACCAAGAAUGUCCAAAUCAACUACCAGACCAUGCCACAGUAUAUUGCUCCUCCUACUGUCUACUCCACAUCAAGAUCAAUGGGUAAUAAUAAGGAUGUUAACAUGGGAUAUAACCUUACAUGGGUUUUCCAAGUUGAUCCAAAUUCCAUGUACCUUGCACGGUUGCAUUUCUGUGAUUAUUAUUAUUUCAAGGUCAAUGAGAUUGUUUUUGAUAUCUUUGUCAACAACCAAACAGCACAAAUUCAAGCUGAUAUUAUUGGGUGGACAGGAGGUAAAGGUGUGCCAACUUAUAAGGACUAUGUGGUAUAUGUCCAAGACGGCCAGGGGGAUGAACAACUUUGGCUUGCACUGCAUCCAGCACCUGAUACAAAACCAGAGUUCUAUGAUGCUAUGCUCAAUGGGGUGGAAAUAUUCAAGCUCAAUGAUACGAACUUGUCUGGCCCCAAUCCUCAACCUUCUGACAUGCUCCUCAAAGAUCAAGCAGAGGAAACGGGUUUCCAUGCACACAAUGCAUAUGACAAGAACGCCGUCAUUGGUGGAGCUGCUGGAGGUGCUGCGGGUUUUGCCUUUAUGGCGGCAAUAUGCAUUGCUGUCUACCACAAGAAGAAGAAAGUUCCGGGGUCAGUCACACACACAAGUUGGCUUCCCAUCUAUGGGAACUCACACACAAAUGGCAGUAAAUCCACGUCUGGGAAGAGCAUUGCUAGUGCAAACCUCGCUGCCAUGGCUCAAGGUCUUUGUCGCUAUUUUACGUUAGAAGAGAUAAAACAAGCAACUAAAAGUUUUGAUGAGUCCAACGUUAUUGGGGUUGGUGGAUUUGGAAAGGUUUACAAGGGUGUCAUUGAUAAUGGAGUUCUAGUGGCAAUUAAGAGGUCAAAUCCACAAUCAGAACAAGGAGUCAAUGAAUUCCAGACUGAGAUUGAGAUGCUUUCUAAGUUGAGACACAAACAUUUGGUGUCCUUGAUUGGAUUUUGUGAGGAAGAUGACGAAAUGUGUUUGGUUUAUGACUACAUGGCUCUUGGAACCUUUAGAGAACAUUUGUAUAAAGGCAUCAAGCCUUUAGCUACUCUAUCUUGGAAGCAAAGAUUGGAGAUCUGCAUUGGAGCUGCAAGAGGGCUUCACUACCUUCACACAGGAGCCAAGUACACCAUCAUUCAUAGAGAUGUCAAAACAACAAAUAUUCUCUUGGAUGAAAACUGGAACGCCAAGGUAUCAGAUUUUGGUUUGUCAAAAACUGGUCCAGACAUGAAUAAGGGCCAUGUUAGUACUGUGGUAAAGGGUAGUUUUGGCUACUUGGAUCCUGAGUACUUUAGGAGGCAACAAUUGACUGAAAAGUCUGAUGUAUACUCAUUUGGGGUUGUCCUGUUUGAAGCCCUCUGUGCCAGACCUGUUCUAAAUCCUAAUCUUCCAAAGGAACAAGUUAGUCUUGCGGAAUGGGCAUUGCUCUGCAAACAAAAAGGAACGCUAGAAGAUUUGAUUGACCCCCAUAUCAAGGGAACAAUAAAUCCAGAAAGCUUGAAGAAGUUUGUGGACACAGCUGAAAAGUGUUUGUCUGAUUGUGGGACUGAUCGCCCUUCCAUGAAUGAUUUGUUGUGGAAUCUAGAAUUUGCUCUGAACCUGCAAGUAAACCAGGAUGGUUCAACUCACUCUGCAUCUCGCACUGAUGAAAAUGAGUUUGAAGAAAUAAACUUAGGAAACAAUGACAUGGCAAACCAUUACAAGAACCUGAGCCUUGGAAGUGAGCAUGACAUCAACCAAGAUUCCAAUUACAGUGAAAAUCCAACUGACAUAUUCUCACAACUUGUUAGUCCAAAAGGGCGAUGAAGAGAAAUGCUCUAGAUUGUUGUUUUGCUAUUGGCUUUGAAGGAAGUCAUGGAAUUCAAGCAAAUAAAACCAACUUAUUAGCAUUGCUUCAAAGUAUAUAACAGCUUCUAUUACUAUUACUAAUGUAUUUGUGUACUUUCUUAUGUUUUGCCACAUCUAUUGAAUAUAUUAUUUGCUCAGUCAAGUUUAGUUUAUAUAAAAUCUGAAUAUCGUUCAUGUAUAGUUAUGUAUAGAAAGCACUCGGAUUGCAUGUUGCCUGAGAAAUAUUAUAGAGACCAAUAUUUUAUUUG